AUGAGUAGGCCCAGGGAUCAAUGGAAGGAGCCUCAUGGUUACACUAGUCGAUCAUUUUCACUGGACGAUGCCAUCAACCGCGGAAGUGUACCGAUAGAGAGAACGUUGCCACCAAUCGAUGAUCCCGUGGCUCUAGGACUUCAACUAGCUGGUGUUGGAUUUACUCACGGACCUAAAGAAGUGCACCCUAGUCCUUAUGUUCGCAAAGCACGUAACUUUUCUACUAGCGACAUCAUGAGUGUUAAAGUCCGCGAUUCUAAUUCCGCUAGUCGUACCUGUGAUACAACUACGACCUACAAUCCAGAUAUUCUUCCCAGCGAAGGUGUUAUUGACGAUACCUUCAAACAGUUGCUCGAAAGUAGAGCUUUCUUCUGGGGUAGCGCCCGCUCAGGCUUGCAAAAUUUAAGUUACAAGCGCAAAUGGCAGCUGGUCUGUAAAGAACGGCUCAUGCGCCUAACGGAGAGUGAGCCAAAGGGUAGUAGCAUGGUUUCGGACGAAGCACUUUGGAACGUUUUGAGAGACAGAUUAAGUUCCGAUGAAAAGAUUGCUGGCAAUCUAUAUCAGGUGGAAAAGCUGCUGCGGAGAUCCGACGUCUGUGAAUGGUUUUUGAAAGAAGGUGGGACAUACCGGCUCAUCGAUAUUUGCGAGGUUUUGCAACCCAAUGAUCUAUACGUGUAUCUGAGGUGCUUUAAGACGCUCAUGAAUCAUGAGAAUGCAAGAUCAGCAAUUGCGAGUAGCAACAAGAUAGUUGAAUACUUAUGCUCCAUCUUAACACAACACAGCGAAAAUCUGAAGGUACAUCUUUUGAGCGUAGAGCUCCUUCUUUUACUGACUUUUGUCGAGAACCAUGGUGGUUGGGACAAGGUAGCUCAACACCUUGGCGCUCGCUAUGCACUCUGGUUUUCCAACAUUGAAAAUUUACUACAGCAAAGAGAAAACUCUACAGGUGCUCCGAUGCUGUCACCAGCACUGAAACCUCAACAAUUGCUCAAAGACUACUGUCUAACUUCUUUAUUUCUGAUAAACUCUAUUUUGCAAGUAUCUCCAUCGGUCAGGGAACAGCUGGUAACUUUCAAAACCUUGAAGGAAAAUAAAAUUCAUGGGUUAUUUUACCUCAUGGCAAACCUUGGUUGCGAAGAAUUGGCCAGCGAAAUCGAGAAGUACAAAGCACUGGAACAGAAGGUGGUACAAGACACUAACCCAGAGCUGCCGCAGUUUCUUGACACCUCUUAUGGUCAGUAUCUGAAUACUAUUGUACAGAAUACCCAUCAUAACCCCUUAGAACAUUGCAUGCAUCAGAUUUUUGAGCUCAUUUCACAGAUUCUGAUUACAAGGACGAUAUCAGACAGUUUGAAGAUCCUAACGCUUUUUGGUUCGGUGCUCAGUUACCUAAAAAACUACAGCUAUGGCGAAGAAACUCUUAAUAUCGAAUCUGCUAUUAAUCUCUCGUUAAAUCAAUUGGUGGAUAACCUUCAGUCGGAUGAAAUUGCCCAGAGGGCUUUAGCCGAGCUUUCCGAUAUGCAAAGAACUCUAGAGCAACUAGAAAUGGAAGUCGAACGUCUACGUAGCGAGAAGGACGUAUCAAAAGAUAGUGUAAUGGCAGAACUGCGAGGCUGCAAGAAAGAGUUAGCCUCGAAGGAAGCUGAAAUUGAAAUGCUUCGAGAUGAAUUGGAACUGAGCAACAAGCAGAGGCAGCAAGAUAAAAAGGAGUUGGACAGAAUCUCCAAUAUUCGCAGUAGUAAUACACCCUCAAGGGCUCUCACUUGGAAUGCAUUUGAUCAUCUGAAAGCCCGAUCGCAGAAGGAGGUACAGACUUCACACAAACUUUCCCGGCAAAGCUCUUUGUCAAAGAGUACCCGAUAUAAGUCAUUAUCAAAUCUAAUGAGUGUGCAAAAUAAGGAUCCACAGAAAAUGCCCUCUCUGGCCAGAGCAAAAGGUUCUGGCUCCUCUACUUCUCCAAUUCCAUUCAAUAAUUCGGACGAUGAACCAGAAAACAACAAUUACCGAGCGGAACCCCUGCCGAAUGAUGGUAGAAGCGUCACUAGUCGCUCAGUGCCCGAGCGCUCACAAAACGAUUCAAAUCCAGCUUUAGGUCCUACUAACGCUUUCUUUGCUGGUAGUCUUCCGCAAGAAUUUGGCAUGUCAUUAUCGACACCUACUAAUAAUUCAGAUGAGAACCAAAGAACUGUUAACAAAAACCCUGGGGUUGAAUUAUCUUCACGAACUAACAGCCGUCCUUCUCCUUCAAAUUCAGAAACUGCUGCACCACCACUACCUUUGUCUCACGUUAUUAAAAACGAUAUCCAAACUGAGCACAUUACAAGCACCCAGUCUACCUCCGGAUUGUUUCCGCCACCACUUCCUUCUCCCCCGCCGCUGUCAGUGGCCAUUUCCUCGGCGCAUGCACAAGCUAAACGAAAUGGUGACGCGCGCCUGAGCCUAGCUUCUACUGCACCACUAAAAUCAUUACCACCACCUCCACCUCCACCUCCUCCUCCUCCACCGCCGCCCCCUCUUCCCUCGACUUUGAGUGUUGGCAGUAAUUCAACAAGCGACCGUAAGGGAAGUGGUCCGCCCGCUCCUCCUGCUCCUCCUGCUCCUCCUGCUCCUCCUGCUAUACUGCUAAAUUUAUCAGCAUCCCCAAAUCAACCUUCUGCGUCUUCAGACAUAGCUGAGAACCCAGUGGCGCAAGUUCGGUUGAAACAAAUUCACUGGGAUAAAUUAGACAACGUUGCCGACACCAUUUGGAAUCAGCAUGAUGAACGCAAAAACGUAGCAGACCACCUGGAACGAACUGGAAUACUAGAGGAAGUCAAUGAGCUGUUUCAGGUCAAACAAUCGAAAACUAUCAAAAAAAAAUCUGUGAGGAUCCGAAAUGAAGGAUUGACAUCAUAUCUCCCUCGAGAUCUUGCCCAGCAACUUGGAAUCAACUUGCAUAUGUUUUCGAAUCUUUCUGUGGAAGACUUUGUUCUGAAGGUUUUGCAUUGCGACCGCGACAUUGUGAACAACCACAGCGUCCUUGAGUUUUUUGCGAAAGACGAUUUCAACACCAUUCCACAUAGUAUUGCUGCGAAGUUCGAGCCCUAUUCGACGAAUUUUGAGUCUGGAGUAGCACCGAAAGCCGACGCUACCGGGCUUGAACGAGCCGACAGAAUAUAUCUGGAAUUAUGUUUUAAUUUGAGGGAAUACUGGAAGGCGCGCUCCACUUGCCUAUUAACAUUAGCCACCUAUGAAAAGGACUAUUUUGACAUCAUGUACAAGUUGCAACUAAUAGACGAUGCGGUUACCGCAAUUGAGGGCUCGGUGAAAUUAAGAGACGCGUUGAUCGUUAUUGUGGAAAUUGGUAAUUACAUGAAUCGCAAGCGUGCGCCGGGCAUCAAAUUGAGCUCACUGCAGAAGCUCGCAUUUGUGAAGUCAAGCGCAGAUAGUCAAACAUCAUUUUUGCACGUCAUUGAGAAAGUUUUACGGCUGAAGUGCGGUGACGCCUACGGAUUCGUCAACGAUCUCUCGAAACUAAUGGGUCUUGGAAACCUUGUUGUGGCCCAAGUCGAACAGGACUGCCAGGAUUUCGUUAAGAAGAUCAACGCGGUUAAAAUCUCGCUAGAGAGUGGCGUGCUUUCUGACGAGAAGAAGUUUCAUCCAGAGGACCGACUUCUCUUAAAAGUUGGACCGAAAAUCGCGGGAGCUAUGCGUAAAAUCAAUUUGCUACAAAACCAGUGUACGCUGACGAUGCGUGCUCUUGACAACUUGAUGAAGCUCUAUGGCGAAGACGCUAGAAAUCCCGAUAGUAAGAGUGAAUUCUUUCAGCAUUUUAUUCGGUUUGUUGCGGAAUUCCAGAAGGUUGCAAAGGAGAACUGCGAAAAGGAGGAAAUGGAACGUGUAUACCAACAGCGGAAGGAGUUUUUGCGUCACAAAUUGGACACUACCUCUAAUUCAGGCGCGAACGCUGCUGACGAGCUUGAGUGCGACACUGUUGACGUUUUGAUCAAAAGGCUACGAGACUUGAACAGAACUGAAAAAACAGCAAAACCGGAAAUCUCUUCGAAACCCAAAACGAAAGACCAAUUACUUACAAAGACUCAGCACAUGCUGAGUACCCUUCAAAAAAUAUGA